AUCCAGAAUCUCUCGCCUGACCGCUCGGCGGUUCUCGAAACACUGUAUAGAUGACCGGUCAAGAUCGGGAGUGGCCAGGAAAUUGCUGUACGGACGGGGGAGCCAGUGGCAAUAACUAAGCUAUUGGGCAUUGCAUGUCUGUCCUACAAGCCGAAACGCACAGCACUGUGCACGAGAUCUCGGCCGGAUGACCAGACAAGCCAACUGGAAGCUAGCCGGCCUCUCUCGCCACACCCGCCCCAUGUUUGGUCACACAGGCGCUGGAGACCGGCUUCCGAUGCUGCUAUGUCGCCGGUUGGACUGCGGGCGUCCGCUGGCACGAAGGCUUUUGUCAUUGCCCGGAGGCCUUCCCCGUCGCCAGCAAGAACAGGGCGGUUGCCGGACCUCAACGGUUCUGGGGCUGAGCUUUUUUUUUGUUUUUCUUUUGCUUUUUUUUUUGCAGUCAUCUAAGUGUCCGGUGCCACUCCCACUGCCGCGUGGCUUGAGUUGGACAAGAUGCAGCAGACUGCUUCAUGUCUCCCUCAAGCCACCGUGUACACAACUGUUUCGAUCUGCGGAAACAUGGCCACAAGGUUUCGCAGAGCCUAGACGGCCCAAAUGCGUCAGUCCUGACGUUGUGGGGGGGUGGGAAUACAGAGAAGGCUCUACCGACAUCACAGGACUCCGCGCUGUCGAGACAACCGCAAUGCCCCAGAGCCCCAGGCAAACACGCCGGAAGGUCGAAGAUUGCAAGCGGGCCAAGACGUUCGGCACCGAGCAGGCAGCAGGGGCGACCCCUUGAUCCGAGAGAAGGUAUCCGAUUCGCAAAGCGGAUGGAUUCCGCCUAGCGAAAGCCUCCUCCGGCGAAAGGCCAAGAAUAGCUCAGAUGGC